GCGUGUGGUGGCUUCACACUUUCUCUCUCAUACUCAUUCCUUUGCUGUCUCCAUCUCUCUCUCUCCUCUCCUCUCUCCUCUCUCCUCUCUCCGGUCCUCUGUUCUUAGAACCGAGAAUCUCAUAUUUUGCCUGUUUAAGUCGUUACGCAUAUACACCACAUACAUAUACACAUAUAUAGAUUAUAUUUUCUGGGUUUGUGAUUUUUUGGGAUGGGACAGAGAGUCUUGGUUGGACUGUUGAUCUUGGCGACGGUGUUCAUGGCAAUAGCCGUUGCGAGGGCAGAAAAGGUAAAUAAGUCGUCUUCCGGAGGGCUAUUUUGGUCCAGCGCAAAGGAGGAGGGAGAUCUGCUUAGGAAGGCGGAGGCGGAGGAAUCCACGGCGGCGUUGAACGACAAAGAUGAUUUCGACGGCGGGUUUUCUUCCCUCGACGGAAUGUUACAGUGGGCAAUAGGGCAUUCUGAUCCGUCAAAGUUGAAGGAAACAGCACAAGAUGUUGAACGCCUAUCUCUUGACGAGCUAAAGAAGCGUCAAAUGGAAAUAAAGGAACUAAUGGAGAGGUUAAAAACUCCAUCAGAUGCACAAUUGAUGCAAAUUGCAAUAGAUGACUUGAAUAAUUCAUCUCUGGCUUUGGAAGAUCGUCAUCGCGCAUUACAAGAGCUUUUGGUACUUGUUGAGCCAAUAGAUAAUGCAAAUGAUUUGCACAAACUAGGUGGCCUUGCCGUUGUAAUAGGAGAGCUUAAUAAUGACGAUCCAGAAAUAAGGAAAACUGCUGCAUGGAUUCUUGGUAAAGCCAGUCAAAAUAACCCUGUUGUUCAGAAGCAGGUCUUGGAACUCGGUGCAUUGCCGAAGCUAAUGAAGAUGGUAAAAGCUAGUUUUAUUGAAGAAGCUAUAAAGGCGUUAUAUGCUGUCUCUGCCUUGAUCAGAAACAAUUUAGAUGGCCAAGAAUUGUUUUAUGCAGAAGCUGGAGACUUGAUGGUACAGGACAUACUGAGCAACUCAAGCAUUGAUAUCAGACUGCGGAGGAAAUCUGUGUUUCUUGUGGCUGAUCUGGCAGAAUGUCAAUUAGAAACUAGAAAUAAAGCAGAGCUACCUUUUUUCAGCAAUCGUUUCUUCUUGAAGUCUGUGGUUGAUUUAACAGCAUCAACUGACCUUGAUCUCCAGGAAAAGGCCCUUGCUGCAAUUAAGAAUCUCUUACGGCUCAGGGCAACUGAUGCUCUAGUUUUCAAAGACUUCUGCGGACUGGACAGGGCAUUGGAUAGGAUGAGGCAGCAGUUGCAGCAGUUAAUGGUUGAUGAAGACCAGAGAGAUUAUGUGGUGGAUGUAGAGAGCCUGCGCAGAGAGGUGGAGCUGAUUUUCCAUGGAAAGCUAGAUGAGGUAACACAAGUUCCAACAUGAUUCAUGGAUGCAUUUGAUCGCCAACAGGCGAACCACCUCGAUCACCAAGAACAUGGGCAACACAUUGAGCACAAAGCUAAUGACUUUGUGUCGGCUUGUUAAAAGGCAUUUGUACAAAAGAGAUAUGGAUUGCUUAAGAAAGAUCAAAGCCAGAUUUUGCUCUAACACUUGAGUUUGAGUUUACUACUGAUGUGUAACGACAACUUUAUACUUCAUGAACUCAAUUUGUUCAUGUCAUGUCUCUCCCUCAUUCUCUCUAAAUCUCAUUGUCAUUUGUUAAAAAACAGGCUUCAGUUCUGUUGUUUUGGGGAAUUUUGUAUACCUAAAGUUUGUUUUCUUGA